AUGGCAAAUACCGAAGAGCAGGCGUACCUUGAUCUAUGCCAGCGCAUCAUCAGCGAAGGCGAGCACCGCCCGGACCGCACUGGAACCGGUACUUACUCCAUUUUCGCUCCUCCGCAGCUACGUUUCUCGCUGAAGAACGAUAAACUCCCUCUACUGACAACCAAAAAGGUGUUUUUCAAGGGUAUUCUUCACGAACUCCUUUGGUUUAUUGCUGGUGAGACAGAUGCCAAGAAACUGACGGAGAAGGGGGUCAAAAUAUGGGAAGGAAACGGGUCUAGGGAGUAUCUUGACUCGCUCGGCCUGACCCACAGACGAGAAGGCGAUCUCGGUCCAGUAUAUGGCUUCCAAUGGAGACAUUUCGGCGCAGAAUAUGUCGACUGCGACGCCGACUACACAGGUAAAGGCUACGAUCAGCUGGCUAAAAUUAUUGAGACUCUCAGAACCAACCCAUACGACAGAAGAAUCAUCUUGAGCGCGUGGAAUCCUCCGGCUUUCAAAGAUAUGGCCCUGCCACCGUGCCAUGUUUUCUGUCAGUUUUAUGUUAGUUUCCCAAAGAACUCCAAACCGCAGCUUAGUUGCAUCAUGUACCAGCGCUCCUGUGACAUGGGUCUUGGCGUGCCAUUUAACAUAGCCUCAUAUGCUCUUCUAACACAUAUGAUCGCACACGUCGUGGAUAUGGAGCCAGGCGAAUUUAUCCACACCAUGGGUGACUCGCACGUGUAUUGCGAUCAUGUGGACGCCCUCAAGGAGCAGCUCAAGCGGGAUCCCCGAGCAUUUCCAACACUGAAAAUCAAUAGAAAAGUGACCUCCAUCGAUGAUUUCAAAUUUGAAGACUUUGAAGUGAAGGACUACGAUCCACAUGGGCCAAUUAAGAUGCAGAUGAGUGUGUAG